UCAAAUUGGUUGUUACGAUUCUCCUAGCCUUUCUUCAUUUCUGGACUUGAGAGUCUCGAGGCAUUAGAUUUAAUUGUAGAAAUGGUAGUGUGCAUAUAAACUCAGCGCAGGAUGGCAGGAUCUGCCUUAAAACGAUUAAUGGCAGAAUACAAACAAUUGACACUCAAUCCACCAGAAGGAAUAAUUGCAGGUCCAAUAAGUGAAGACAACUUUUUUGAAUGGGAGGCAUAUAUAAUGGGUCCAAAAGACACAGUGUUUGAUGGAGGAGUUUUUCCAGCAAGGCUUACAUUUCCUCCAGACUAUCCACUUAGUCCACCUAAAAUGAGAUUCACAUGUGAGCUCUUUCAUCCAAAUAUAUAUCCAGAUGGACGAGUUUGUAUUUCUAUUCUUCACACACCUGGUGAUGAUCCCAUGGGUUAUGAAACCAGUGCUGAAAGGUGGAGUCCUGUGCAGAGUGUGGAGAAGAUUUUGCUGUCUGUUGUUAGCAUGCUUGCAGAACCUAAUGAUGAGAGUGCCGCAAAUGUUGAUGCAGCCAAAAAGUGGCGUGAAGACAGAAGGCAGUUCGAAGAGAUAGCUGCUGCUACUGUUAAGAAGUCUUUGGGAUUAUGAAAAGACAAAAAGAUGGGAAACUUAUUCUGUUUGAUUUUUAAAAAAACUUUUGUUUCCUUCUGUGAAGUCUUAUCAGUGUAGUUUUUAAGCUGACAUCUCCAUUAAAAUAAAAACAUACCCUGUUAAGCAGUUUUAAUUAUGAAGGAAAGCUAAAGAUAUGUUUGAUUGUGUGCUAUUAUGGCAUCCUAUGAUUCAUAGUGUAAUAUAAUUCUGUUAACUGCAAGAUCAUUAUUGUAUACUGAUAUACAGCAUGGAAGCUAUUUUACAUAAAUUUUGGUUCUCAUUAUUUUAAACAUUUUUCAAAUUAUUGCUUCAGAUUUUCUUAACCUGAUAACAAAUGUUAUUUAUCUUUUGUUGAAAAGAGACCUGAAGCCCUUGUCACCCUAGGAAUAUUUUCAGGAAUUCAAUUUUGGUUGAAUAAAUUAAUGCACUAUAUUUCAUACAUGUAAUGUUGAUAUGUGCAAUAAACAAAUCAUUCGAAGAU